GGAGCUGGGCCGUCGACGGAACGAGUGACCAUCAUGUCGGCCGCCCGGGUUCCAACGAAUGCGCCUCGUGACGUGACAGCGGGUGCCUUCAACUCGAGCGCCGUGACCGUAUGGUGGGUGCGCCCUCUGACCACGGAGGGUGAGGGUCCGAUUCUGGGCUAUCGCAUCAUUUAUUGGCCUCGGAAAUCGGACUGCAGAGCCAGAGAGUCCGACCGCGCCAGACAGGAGUUGGGCCAGCGACAGACGAUCUGGGGAGACGUCACCGAGGGCCUCAUCAUCGGCUUGGAUACUGACACGUACUACUGCAUCUCGGUGCAAAGGGUAGGAAAAAUGCAAGUGAAAACCCUUUAA